AUGUUCAAGUUCGAGUUUCAGCUUGAUGAAGAGGAGGAUGGUUCUUUCCAAGUGCCGCUACAAACAGGGGCGGGACCUUCGACCGUGACGCUCCCUCCGCCUUCGACCAAAGACGAAGGUGAUCAGAAUUGUUAUCACAUAACGUUGGAUGAAUUGAUCAAAGCACUUCCUGAAGAGAUAUCAUAUUCCCCUCUACCUUUACCGUUUCUCAAAUCUCCUAUCCUUCGACGUGAUCUCUUUGAUGCCAGAUUCCAGCUGUACAACCGGCAAUCCGAGGAGGAUCUUUCGAAAGAGGGUCAGAAGGAGGAAGAUCAAGGAGAGGAGUAUGUAGAUGCCAAGACGGACUUGAUACCUGGAUUAUAUGAGGGCGGACUGAAGUCCUGGGAAGGUGGUGUGGACUUGGUGGGAACUUUGAGCUCAAUUGGUGAUGAGGAAGGUGUAGGAAGAUGGGUCGAAGGUGGAAGAGUACUGGAAGUAGGCUGCGGUACAGCCCUUCCAACACUAUACCUCCUCCGAUCCCUAUUAUCCACCAGCUCGUCCCUCUCGACCAAGACUAUAUUUCACGUACAGGAUUACAAUUCCCUCGUACUAUCCCUCGUCACCCUUCCCAACCUCAUACUCGCUACUAUACCGUACUUACCUCCCGAAGUGCUCCAUCAGCCUGAUGACGAAGAGGAUGUAGAAGAGGUGGUUCCGGAUUUGGAAAACCCUGGAAACCUCGUACUUUCCCCUCAGCUAGUAGAAGGCUUUACAAAGUUGUUAGAAGAGAGAAAUAUAGAAUUGAAGUUCACUUAUGGGCAUUGGUCAGGAUUUGCGGGAGAUCUGCAGAAAGAAGGUGAAAGAGGGUAUGGAUUGGUCCUGACUGCUGAAACGAUUUAUGCGGAGGAUAGUAACCCUUCGUUAUUGAGUGUUCUCAAGAACGCUAUCAAGCGGACACAAGCUCAGGGCGGAGGUGAAAAUACAAUACAUGAGGAGGAAGUGAGGUUGGAAGACAGUCUAGACAAUCUCAAAGUUGAUGACGAAUGGAAGAACAUAGCUUUGAAGGAACAAGGUGAUGGGUUUAUAUUGGUCGCUGCUAAGAUAUUAUAUUUUGGUGUGGGAGGCGGGCUCACAGCAUUCUUGAACCGGGUGGAAGAUAAUGAAGGGUGGUGGAAGGGGGUUAAGGACUGGACGAAGGGUGUAGGAAGAAAAGUCGUGCAAGUUGGGUGGUAA